CAACGUCGGCCGGGAUGCAUCGUUCCCAACGGCGAGUCCUCUCUUUCCCUCUCUCUGUGGGAUGCGGCAUCGACCAUGAAGUCCGGCACGAGAGAGAGCUGGGCCUCCGCCUUCUCCGCCACAGCUCCUCACCGAGAUGGUGUGUCCCCCGAUCCUGCCGGUUGGUCCGUCUUCUCCGCGCUCGAUGUCCAGCAGCCUACCGCCUGCUCCAGAUCUGCGGCACCGGCGACUGAUUCACACACGCUGCCAAUCCUAAUUCGCCGAUUGGACCACUGGAAAUAUCUGGGUCGUCCUCGGCGGCGGCGUACCCGUGAAGCCAACCUUCGUGACCCGGCAUCCUCCUCACCAUCAGCCCUUCCGAGAUGUAGUGGCAUGAUCCACGGCGCCUUGCUGGGCGCGGCCUUACGCGAUGAAGGUUUCCGUCGGCACGGCCGCGUUGCUGCUCUCUCCAGGGUUCGAGACAGACAGAGCACGCAGUCGUUGAUGGAGGCAUUGUGGGUGCUGGUGUGGGCUAAGAUGGCGGAGGACAGACAUAGGAGACCAUGAGAACUUCGUGCACGAGCUUGCUGGCUUUUCGGGCGACCACCACAGCGGGCAACCCGGCGGCCAGGUGACCUCAUUCUUCUCCUCCUUCACAUCUCUAAUCUCUUCUAUGUCUUCAGUUUCAGUUUCAGUCCAGUCAGGACACAGGCCUUAGCAUGUGCAGAUUGUGGACGGUAGUUAUUUUUCUUAAGCAGCAUGCUGUAUUGAUAUUGAUCCGUACAGUAGUGGAGAAUAAUGAACGCACUAUAUACGAAAUGCCUACUGCUCUCUUUCUCAUAUUGCUCCAUAUAAAUCAAUUGGCAUCAAUGAAGUGCUCUGUCUGCUUAUCCUUUCGUGUUUGUCUUUCAGACUUCUUGCUCAAUUCUUUUGACAUGUCAUGU